AUGACCACCACCAACCUCCAAGAUCUCAAUGCCAAGAUGCAGGCUCUCAUCGAGCAUGUCUCCCCCACCUCGCAACCCCACACCCCACCACGCAGGAUCUUUCCAAACACCUCAUUAUCUUACCUCUCACAAACAAAGAGUAUGAUACUAACAAUUCGAAACAGAGCCUUUGAAUCACACCCCCAGUGCCGACCCCCCAACACCCACCCAACUAUCUUCUUCCUGUACGACUUCGUCCGCAACUCCUUCAACCAGCUGAUGGCGGUCGACGCCGACAAGUACGCUGCUGGUGAUAGUGGUGCUAAGACCACUGUGGAUGAAGUCGAGGGUCGCAAUGGGUUUGCUAACAUGCUCAUUAAUGACACCUCUGGCAAGCUCUCCAUGAUGACCGGCGGUAACCCCUCCAACCCUGCUGAUUUCGGUGCGGAGAUCAAGGCUAAGGCUCUCGCUUUGACUCAGUAA